AUGUCGAAAGGUCUAUUUCUCGCUCGAUCAUUCUACCGAGCUGGGCACAAGGUUAUCGGUCUCGACUUUGAACGGUCCUAUAUCCCCUCCAGCGGACGCUUCUCGAAUACUCUCUCUUGGCACUAUGAACUGCCAAACCCAGUCACCAACCAACAGAAAAUGGAAUAUAUAGCACAAUUGGUGGAAAUAAUAGAAAGGGACAGGAUAGAUCUCUGGGUCUGUGUGUCCGGAGUGUCGACAACAGUUACUGACGCACUUGCAAAAUCCGAAAUCGAAGCGAGAACCUCCUGCAAGGUAUUUCUAUUCCAACCAGAAACAUGCGAAACACUUCAUGAAAAGAAUCUCUUUAUCCACAAGGCCGCUUCUAUUGGACUCGAUAUUCCAGAAACAACGACAAUCAGAAGUCAUGAGGAAGCCUUGGCAUUUUUGAAAGGCAAAAAACCGGAACACUACAUCUUAAAAUCGAUCUGGCUUGAUGACGUUUCUAGAGGAGAUAUGACAUUGUACCCACGACCAAACUUCGAAGAGACAACAGUCUUGAUUAUGUCAUUAAGUAUUUCGACCGAUAAACCUUGGAUCUUUCAGGAGUUUAUUCGAGGUGACGAAUAUUGCACUCACGCGGUUAUUGUCAAAGGUCGCAUUACUGCAUUUGUUGCAUGUCCUUCAUCAGACCUUCUGAUGUAUUAUGAGCCAGCAGAUUUAGAAAUUUCUCAGAGACUUCUAGAAUUCACAAGGAUUUACAUCAACAGCCUAGAAGACGGAUAUAUCACAGGGCAGGUGUCGUUUGACAUAAUGGUCAAGAGGGGUGUAGAAGCAAACGCAGAACCAAUACUAUACCCUAUCGAAUGCAACCCCCGUACUCAUACCGCUGUCGUAUUGUUCAGAAACAUCUCAGGAGCCCUCGCCGAUAGCUACCUCGACUCGUUGAAAGAUUUUGGAAAGGAAGUUUGCAUCCCCGAUCCCACCACUACCGACAGCCUCUACUGGACCGGACAUGAUGUUGUCACUCUCUUGCUACUCCCCCUCCUCAAUCUCUCUGGAAUUCUAGGUGGCUUACGAGAAUUUACGCUGCACUUUUUUUUCUGGAGAGAUGCAACAUUUGAAUUCUGGGAUCCGCUUCCAUUCUUGUUCCUGUACCACGUUUAUUGGCCUGGGUUGUUUUUGAGAAGUCUUUUGACUGGGAGAAGGUGGAGCAGGGUCAAUGUGAGCACUGGGAGGGUUUUUGAAUACUAG